AUGGCUGGCCAGGACAAGAAGAAGUCUAAGAAGGCCGGAGCCAGAGGCGAAUCUGGCCCGGUGAUCACUGAUCCCCGUUUCGCCAAUAUCCAAACCGAUCCUCGUUAUCGCCUGCCGAGCAAGCGUCAGACUCAUGUCAAACUCGACAAGCGCUUUGCGCACAUGCUUGAUGAUAAGGACUUCUCCCGCAAUGCUGCCGUUGAUCGAUAUGGUCGCAAACUCGCAAAGGACGAUACCAAGAAACAGCUCAAGAAGUUCUACCGCUUGGAAGACGACGACGAAGACGAGGAGGACGAGGAGGACGUGAGCGCUGAUGACGACGACGAGGUGCAAAAAGAGUUGAAGCGUGUGGAAGAACGUUCAUACGACCCUGCUAGAGAUGGCGGUUUCACAGACUCAUCAUCCGAAGAGAGCUCCAGUGACGAGGAGGAAGACGACGAAGUCGAGAAUGAGGACGACGAGGUCGAGUUCCCAGACAAACAGCAAGCCAAUGUGCCGCUCGGAGAGGUCACGAACCGCAUUGCAGUCGUCAACUUGGAUUGGGACAACAUUCGAGCCGAGGACUUGAUGGCUUGUUUCUCCAGUUUCCUACCAGCCGGUGGCCGUGUCCAGAAUGUUACUGUUUACCCCAGUGAAUUCGGAAAGGAGCGCAUGGAGAAGGAAGAGAUUGAAGGUCCCCCAAGAGAGAUUUUUGCCUCUGCCAACGGAGGUGCAACGGGUGAGGACGAGGACGAGGAACUUGAUUCCGAAGAAGAAGAGGAGGAGAUCAAGAAGUCUCUGCUCAAGGCCGACACCGGCGAAGAAUUCAACUCUACUAAACUGCGGCAAUACCAGCUGGAGCGAUUGCGCUACUUCUACGCUAUCCUUACAUUCUCAAAUAAGGAGUGUGCCAAGCACGUUUACGACCUCGUGGAUGGCGCCGAGUACCUUUCUAGCGCCAACUUCUUCGACCUCCGCUUCGUUCCUGACGAUACCGAUUUCUCCGAUGACAAGCCUCGCGAUUCAUGCUCUCGAAUCCCCGAUGGUUACAAGCCGAAUGAAUUCGUGACGGACGCUUUGCAACACAGUAAGGUCAAGUUGACCUGGGAUGCGGACGACAAGUCACGAAAGGAGGCCCAGGCUCGGGCAUUCCGCGGUUCUCGGAAAGAAAUCGACGAGAACGACCUGAAGGCCUAUCUGGGCAGCGACAGCUCCGACAGCGAGGAUGAGGAAGAUGGCGGUGUGGAAGUGGUCGAUAACACUGCAAACGAAGGCACAACUGUCAAGCUUUCCAAGAAGGAGGCCGAGAGACAACGCAUGCGUGCAUUGCUAGGUCUGAGCACCGAGCCUACUCCUUCUUCCAAGUCGGCUGGUCCCGUCGGUGAGAUGGAGGUUACCUUCACGUCUGGUCUCGCCGGUGGCCGUGGCAAGGAUAGCGGUAUCUUCGAGAAUGAGCCUCAAAUUGAGGAGACAGCCCUCGAGCGUUAUGUUCGGAAGGAGCGCGAACGCAAGAAGCGCCGCAAGGAAAAGCGCCAGGCUGAGAAACGGGGCGAGGAUCCUGAAGCCAAGGAGGCGGAAGGUGAUUCUGGUGCUGAGAACGAACCCAACCCAGCCGAGAACGCGGAAGAAGACUUGGGCUUCAACGAUCCAUUCUUCGACGACCCUAGUGGCAAGGCUACGGCUGCAGCUCGUCGUAAGGAGGAGAAGCGCAAGAAGCGCGAGGAACGUGCUGCGGAGGAAGCCGCCUCCGCUGCCCAACGUGCCGAGCUGGAGCUACUGCUUGUGGACGAUGAAAAGGCCAAGAUCCAGCACUUUGACAUGAACGAGAUCACAAAGGCAGAGAAACAGGCCCGACGGAAGGGCAAGGGCAAGGGCAAGAACAAGAACAAGGAGGUUGCAGUCGUGGACGAUUUCAAUGUCAAUGUCAACGAUCCCCGAUUCUCCAGCCUGUUUGAUAGUCACGAGUUUGCCAUUGACCCGACCAACCCCCGGUUCAAGGCCACCUCCGGCAUGAAGGCCCUCCUGGACGAGGGUCGUAAGCGCCGACGCACCGGAGAGGACGAGCCAGAGGCACCAACGGACAACCGGGAUCGAUCGAAGAAGCCCAAGAAGUCCUCUAAGGAAUCUGAAGUGGAUGACUUGAAGCAAUUGGCUGACAAGGUCAAGCGGCGGUCCAAGGCAUGA